GCCCAGCUCCACCUCAGAGCCUCCAUCACCACACACAGUCUGGAGGAGAUGCACCGCUCACUGCUGCCCCUGCUGGUCAGCCUGAGUCCUGCUAUUCUGUUCCUGUUGCCCGGCAUCAUCGUGACACAGGAAGGACUCUGGGAGGACUACAAAUAUGGCCACGGUGACCUGUACAACCACAAUUUCUGCACCUGGAAGUGCCUCCUGUUCACGCUGCAAUGGCCGGGCACGUUUUGUCAGUCUCUGAGCAACGUGAGUCUCUGCAGGAUUCCUCCAACCGUCAACAACUGGACCAUCCACGGCCUUUGGCCCCUCCACGCUAAGAACCGCUGCGACUGCUGGCCGAUGUUCCCCUCUGACGUCCAGGAGCUGAAGGCGGAGCUGACUGAACUCUGGCCGUCAUUUGUGAGAUUCAAGUCCAACUUCCACUUCUGGAGGGAAGAGUGGAGGAAACACGGAGCGUGCGCGGCGUGCGUGGAAGGAAUGAACUCUCCGCUCAGAUACUUCCAGGUCUGCGUCAAACUGCGAGCACAGUUCGACAUCCACAGCCUGCUGGAGGACGCCGGCAUCACGCCGUCCUGUGAGCGACCCUACAAGGUAACAGUCAACAAAUCCAACUCUGGCCUGGGGAAGGAUUUUUCAGCCUCUCAUGUCAUCAUUACCUGUGAGCCAAAUUCAACUUCCGACUUUUUCUAA